GCGACUGACAAGAACACCAUGCGAAAGGGAUGAACUCUACUUCCGUCUGUGAUGAUUUUUAAUUACCACACAGAGAACGAGAAGGUUUACCAGAAUAGAUAGAGACAUCUUCACACAAGAACAAGAAGAAGGUUUUUUUCUGAAAUCUAUCUUGCCUUUGCAUCCUAAUUAAGUCUUGAGACAGUGCCGCGUGCUAGGUAAGUGCAUGAAUGAAUGAAAAGGAAGAUUGGAAUACAACGAUGUUAGCGCAAGGCCGUAGAGACGAGGACGAGAAGGUCGCAUGGUGUUCAUUCUGACAGCAAGGGCAUGUAAAAACGAGAGUUGUCCUUGAGAGCAACAAGUACUUAAUAUGUCUGAACCACUAGUAUGCUAGAACAAAAGGAAAACUCACAUUCAAAUGUGGCCCAGGGUCAAGGUAGUGGCUUCUAUUGUUCCCAAGACAAUAGAGAGUUUUGUUCACCGUUAUGCAUCCUCUCACGUUGUUCUUUCCUGUUUUUUAGAUAUAAUUGUACCGGUGUCCUGCGUGUGAAGACAAUUUUUGGACACCAGAUGAAUAGCCUUUACCUGUUGCGUCAGGUAGUUAACAGCUUUAGAAGCUUGUUGAUGCAUGAAGAAUGAAUAGAGCAUACAUCUGUCAAGAGAGAUCUCAUUCUUGUCCUUUAGGAAGAACAAAAAUUCGUUAUCAUAGUACCUGAAGUCAUCUACAAGAUGCUACGCGUACGCCCCUCGCGUCUUUCCCGAUCUCUCGUCACAACUGUUGCGAUAAUUUGCUGGACGCCUAUGGUCAGAGCACACAUCGUAGCAAGCGACGGUCCGCCACACGCUGGAACACAAACCAACGCGCCUCCCGAUGUUGUUUCGCCAGCUACUACGGUCGUGAAUGUUCCAGCUUUGCUGGCGUUUGAGGUGUUGAAGUCUCCGACUGGGACUCAGAGUCCUGCUUCUUCAGGUGGUCAAGAUCAUGUUGAUCUUCCGCAGAAGCUCGAGUUAAGACAUUUGGUGAUAAUUUUUGAGCAUGUGGUCACCUUCUACCAACAAGGUUUUUUGAUCAAAAAACGAAUAUCUCUCGUCUCUUACUUCUACUUGCUUGCUAUUUCUAACGCCUCCUAAUUAAGUCCUGAACUACUCGUACCUGCUCAUACUAGGUAUAAAUGAAUGAGGGAAUAAUGUCGGCCGCAACGCGAAUGAGCUUGAGUUUCUAUUUCAGUCGUUCUAUUCGCAAGUCGGUAAUACUAGCAGGGCAAGAGGGAAAUCUUAGGCAUAUCGCCGAGUAGAUUCACACUAUCAACACUAGCAGGGCAAAAAGAGUCAGCGAAAAUUGUAUGAUCUUCUAUGAUUUUAUUCUUCCGUGACUGAAUGACCAUGCUUACCUUCUCUAAGAAACAAGAACGCAGACGUAACAGCCGCAUUGUGCACCGCACUUCGAUCUGCCGCUACGGAGGUGUUGUCAGCUCCACUCGCUUCGACUAUUACGGAUUGCAAGGUGGCCACAGUUUUCUGCACUUUGGAGGACGAGUUAGAGCAACCCUUUGGGAGACGACUGGAUCACCAUAGUCACGGACAUCACCAUGGUGGCCACGGACAUCACGGUCGUGGAGGAGACCAUGAGGAGUCUGGGCCUCGUGGAGGACAUAAGCAAAGCAAGUGCAGAAAUUUAAGGCCGUUCGAGUUUGCUCAGUUUUGAUAGAUGAUUGUAAUUCGCACACAAAGUGGUUGUAUCCAACUAUACCAGUCGUGCUUUGUUCGAAGCAACAAAAGGAAGCUCCACGAUGGCAAAAAUAAAUGAUGACUUAUGGUUCCCACUAGACUACAACCUAGCUACUAUUACACCUCUAAUCCCAGCCAACCUAAGCGCCGGACACACGCAGCAGGGUUUGGGUUGUGAGGCACGCGAACUGGGACAUGCAGAGGGCAAAGCCGGAUGCCUCGAAAAAUGGCCUCGUCUUCGGGUCGAUAUGGAACUAUCUCUGUCUGCGGAUGCCCUUAGUUCCUCCAAAGCUACACCAUUGGCAGAUGAAAUUGGUCUCAAGGCUGCUGAUCUCGCCACUGCUUUGCAAACCAAAGUGGUGAGUGAGUUAUUGAAAGUGUUUCCAAAGCAUCAACUAGAUCCCUCCGGAAUUGCAUCAACUAGAUCCCUUACAACUUCUGGGACCUCUUCGACCUCCACAACCGCACCUCCCUGCUCCUUCUCCUACGUCACCGUGACCGACGUGGCACCUCAAUCUUUGACCAAGGCAGUCGUCUCGCACGUGCACGAAGUCGAUUGGGCCGCUCCAGCCAUCGGUCCCAGUGGGGAGCUGCGCAUGCUAGCUUGCGAUAUGAACGACAAAGUGAGGUUCACAUGGGAUCACCCUACAAAACGUUUUUGUCUCUCCCGCCAGAACUACGAGUCCGAGUAUAUCAGUGACGACUUCAGCAAAGCUGUCCAACUCCACGGAUGGAGCAAGAAGGGAGAAGCAACGUUUAGUUGCGAAAAUCAGGGAAUGUUCUUCUUCGCUGAAAACUCGCUUGCAGCUCCGCAUGAAAUUGCGGCAGCAGAUAGAGAUAUAGCGGAUGAUGCAGUUGCUUCUGGAACCAACGCCCUCGUCCGUCGCAAUCUCCAUUCCCACACUGGUGACCAAGGUGAAAAGCUGCAGCGCAUGCGUAUCCAAGUCACUGACAUGAGCAAAACGGCUACCCUUCGUGGAACCUUUAAUACGGAUCCGAAUUAUCAAGCGAAUCACUGGAGCUACAGGUACUAGAAGUGUCGCUUUGAUUGAGAUAAUCUAGUCACCAAGCCAAUAACCUAGUACAACAAUCAAAGGAACAUUUUUUUACAUACACUAGCUGUCAAAGGAACUACUUCUUAGCAUAUCAGUUACGCAUCCUCCACAAGUACAAUCAAAAUCUAAAACAGCAUGGUAAUGUCCGGCUACUUCAUUGACGCUGACUACAACAAUGGCUUCACGAGUGAUGCUUUGGCUGAGACCGCACAGUACCGUUUGUGGUGCGUGCAACCCCAUGCGGAUGCCGAAGGGUGUGCGGACUGGUUCCCUAGUUGGCAAUUGGAGAAUAGUCCAAAAUUCUGCGAAGCUAUGAUCGAGGCAGAUAUUGGCUACGCAUUUCGGAAGAGGCCGACACCGGAUUUUGCGAAGGCAGAGGUAGUUUUUGUUUUUCAGAGAAAAAGCAAGAAAGUUGGUAUGUUUCAGCUUUCGUUUUCCGUGAGACUCACGUGUGAUUGUGGUAUAUUUAAUCGUUUCUACUCGUCAACAUCAUCAUCGUCCGAACAUUCAACCACGACCCGCUCAACGACAGGAAUACUACGAUAAAGCCCUCGCCUUGAUUCCGGAUUUUUGCCCUGCUCUCUCUUACAAAGCCGGUUUAUUUGUGCAGAUGGGGGAGAAGGAGAAAGCGGAUGCGAUGUGGGCUUCGGUUUGUGGUGCGUGCUUUGCCGUUUCUCUCGAUGUGCAGUUGCUCAUCGAUGGCUACGCUGCUAAAAGUUGGGCUUUGCCUGCUUCGGGUGGAGCCGCCGCCAUGUGCGCACACGUAUUGCGACACGAACAUGGCAUGGAUAAGGGUGGAUUGGAUUUAUGGCCAUGUUUUUAUAAUAAUGAUGUCGUUCUUACCACGCACUUAGACUUGAUGCCUCCGGGAGAUUGUUGUUUCUUCCAGAGGAAAUAGACAGUCAACACCAGGAGCAAAAAAUAGCUCAAACUCGCACCCCCUGGUCGACAUCAUCCUCUCUAAUCCCUUUCUUUCUCGUCGCCCUCUGCGCCGGCAUCUUCAUGGGGAUGGCUAUGGCCUUUACCUUUGGCGGCUUCGGCAUGAAACGUUGUCGCGGUGUGGUCAGCAGACCUAGUAGAAGGUUCACCCAAGACGUUGCACCAAAUGAGGAGUCUGAGAUGAACGCCAAUCGCGUUGAGGAGUUGCGUGUUGACGAUGGUUUCAUCGUAACUGGUAAGGUGGAUGAGAAACACCAGCAGGUUGGCUUUGGCGUGGAUAAACACGAAAUCACCAGCAAGGAUCAAAUGGCCAUCUACUACGCACAGGGGAAAAUCAACGACGACCGUUUCGAAGACGUAUCGAUCGGAGAGGCGUCUACUGCAGUGAGUAACGGGGGAGAGGUCGUUUAG